CUUUGGAACUGCUGCAGCUGUUGCAGGAAAUGGCAGAAUGUACCUGCACUUUCCCACAUAAUUUCGAUAUUGAUGACCUUGUAAAUGUCCAGUUAGUGAUACUGCUGCAAUUGCAUUGCAUGACAUUUUCUCAGACAGAUGGACUAUAAAAGAGCCAAGACUGCAAGAAAGGCUGCAUUCAGUUCCAGGAGGUACAACUCUACGCAAAUUCAGUCCCAGAAAUAGAAGAAAGGACAACUCUUUGUUCAAAGAUGGAUAAGUUCAUGAAGUACGCCAAUUUCUUCUUUACGAGCUUGGGCUUCGAGGCUUAUUCAACGGAGUCCCGACCUCCGACAGACAGUCUGAGGAACAGACUCGUGUUUUGGGGAAGUUUAGCAAACUUGGGGAUUGCGGGACUCGGCGAGUUUAUCUAUUUCUGCUUGACCAUUGCCGAGGGAAACCUGCUGGAGGCCGUCACCGUGAUGUCCUAUAUUGGGUUCAUAACCGUGGGCCUGACCAAGAUAUUCUUCAUCAAGUGGAAGAAGCCGGCCUUGAGCGCUUUGGUGCAAGAGUUGGAGGAUCUGUUUCCACGUGGAAAGGUACAGGAAGCAAAGUUCAAGCUGGAAGAGUAUCUGGGCUCCUGCUCUCGCAUCAGCUUCAACUAUGGUCUCCUCUAUUUCAUACUGAUAUGGACCUUCAAUCUGUACCCCAUCAUGGAGCUGAUUGUGUUCGAAAAGUGGCUGAAGGUUCGCGAGGUUGGCAAGAUGCUGCCCUAUCUGUUGUACAUUCCGUGGAAGUGGGAUGACAAUUGGACUUACUACAUGCUGCUGGUUGCCCUGAACAUUGCUGGCUACACCUCGACAUCGGCACAGAUUUCUACCGAUCUCCUGCUCUGCUCUGUGGCCACUCAAUUGGUAAUGCACUUUGAUUAUCUGGCGAGGUCUAUGGAGAGCCACAGUCUAAGUGGCGCUUGGCCGGAAGACUCUCGUUUUAUUUGUGAAGUGGUGCGCUAUCAUGAGCGGAUUCUGCGUCUAACGGAUGGGGUGAAUAAUAUCUUGGGAAUACCUCUGCUGCUCAACUUUAUGGUAUCUUCGUUUGUGAUCUGCUUUGUGGGUUUCCAGAUGACAGUGGGCGUCUCCCCGGACAUGAUUACCAAACUAUUCCUGUACCUCGUCUCGUCGAUGUGUCAGGUGUACAUGAUUUGCCACUACGGUCAGAUGGUGGCCGAUGCGAGCACCGGGCUGUCUGUGGCCGUUUACAACCAGAACUGGAGUCAUGCUGACGCUCGCUACCAACGCGCCUUAGUUCUCAUCAUAGCCCGGGCGCAGAAAACAACCUAUCUAAAGGCCACCGUUUUCUUGGACAUAACCAGAUCCACCAUGACCGAUCUCCUACAGAUAUCGUACAAGUUCUUUGCUCUGCUCCGCACCAUGUAUGUCCAAUAGAGGACGGACACCAAAUCUCUAAAACCUUCUCUGUGCAGCAUGCCCCCUCCCUAUGCUUUCAAAAGCUCAACGCGGACUUAAUUAUGCGUCGGCAUGAGCCACACACACUCACACACACAUAUGACCAUCGCUUUGUCGCUUCCACACAGAGGAUAAAAAGGAGGCAAAAAAAAAAAGGCUGCACGCUUUUUAGCGGCCGCUGGGUGACGUUGAAAAGGCAAUUCUAUGAGUGUGCUGCAAAGGAGUGGAAAUAUCGUAUGUGGGCUACAAAAGAAAAUUGCAAAGUAUAUUUUACGCUUCACUGCAUCAAAGUUGUGCUUAUGAGUUUUCUCUUGGUUAUAAUGCUCUUUGGAGCAGGGUAUGUGCGAUCUCUACAAGAGUUUUACAGCCUACAAAAGAAGAAAUGGUUAAUGUGUGGAAUAGUAUAGUAUUUGAAUUGAAAUGGAUCGUAUGAGGAGAGA